AUGCCAGAGAACAGCUCUGCCGCCAAUUGCUCUGAUGCCCGCGGGCUGGCGGCGCGCCCUAGCUGGUCCGGGUCAGCAGGCGCAGGGCCAUCAGGGACUCCCCGGGCUCCUUGGGUGGCUCCCACGCUAUCUACAGUGGUCGUUGUCACCACAGCCGUGGAUGUCGUGGGGAACCUCCUUGUCAUCCUCUCUGUGCUCAGGAACCGCAAGCUGCGGAACGCGGGUAACCUGUUUGUGGUGAGUCUGGCCUUGGCUGACCUGGUGGUAGCCUUAUACCCUUACCCACUGAUCCUGGUGGCCAUUGUCCAUGAUGGUUGGGCCCUUGGAGAGGCCCACUGCAAAGCCAGUGCCUUUGUGAUGGGCCUGAGCGUCAUUGGCUCUGUCUUCAACAUCACAGCCAUUGCUAUCAACCGCUAUUGGUGCAUCUGUCACAGUGCAACCUACCACCGCGUCUGCAGUCACUGGCAUGCCCCCCUUUACAUCAGCCUCGUCUGGCUCCUCACUCUGGUGGCCUUGGUGCCCAAUUUCUUUGUGGGGUCCCUAGAGUAUGACCCACGCAUCUAUUCCUGCACCUUCAUCCAGACAGCCAGCACCCAGUACACUGCGGCUGUGGUGGCCAUCCACUUCCUCCUUCCAAUUGCUGUGGUAUCCUUCUGCUACCUGCGAAUCUGGGUGCUAGUGCUCCGGGUCCGAAGGAAGGCCAAGGCUGAGAGUAAGCUGCGCCUGAGGCCCGGUGACUUGCGCAGUUUCCUAACCAUGUUCGCAGUGUUCGUGGUUUUUGCCAUAUGCUGGGCCCCCCUCAACUGCAUCGGCCUUGCAGUGGCUAUCAACCCAGAGGCGACGGCUCUCCAGGUCCCAGAGGGGCUCUUUGUCACCAGCUACUUCCUAGCUUACUUCAACAGCUGCCUUAAUGCCAUUGUCUACGGGCUCCUGAAUCAGAACUUCCGCAGGGAGUACAGGAGGAUCCUCUCAGGCCUCUGGAACACUGGGUGCUGCUUCCACGAUGCUUCCACAUGCUGCCUUGCUGAGGAGCUGCGGAGCCCAGCACCGCCUGCUGCCGGGGCUCCCAUGCCUGUCCAGGAGGGUGCUCUCUAG